UGUGUGUUGUGUUCAAAAAAAAUAAAACAAAAACAAAAUUCAAACACAAAAAACCAGUCCCGCGGCUGUUAACAUCUUGAGCUGUAACAACAACUACAACAACAAAAGCAAGGAUUAUAAGCAAAAUAAAAAAAUAACAACAGCAAAGACAAAAUUAUAAUAAUAAAAAAAGAUCUUGCUGUCAAAUCCAAUAUCAACAGGAGAGUUAAAUACUACUGCUAACAACAAUAACAACUAAAAUACAAAAAGAAUAAAAACAAAAAUUAAUAUCAAAACAAAACCUUAAAAAAAGACAGUUGCAAAAACAAAAACAAUAGCUAGAUAGUAUUACAACAGCAAACUCAAAGAAGAAACAAAAUUUGCGUCGUCUGUAUUCUUGGCAUUUCUUUGUUAUUGGAAAAAUUAUUAGAUUUAUUUUAAUUAAAUUAACUAAACAAUUUAAUUUCAAACUAAAACGAAAAUGAAUAAAACCUGUGCUCGCUGCCAAAAGGUGGUUUAUCCCAUUGAGGAACUUAAGUGUCUGGAUAAGACUUGGCAUAAAACCUGCUUUAGAUGUACAGAAUGUGGCAUGACAUUGAAUAUGAAAACAUAUAAAGGAUUUAAUAAAUCACCAUAUUGUGAAGCACACAUUCCAAAGGCCAAAGCUACAGCUAUUGCAGAUACGCCCGAAUUAAAAAGAAUAGCGGAAAAUACUAAAAUCCAAUCGAAUGUAAAGUAUCAUGAAGAUUUUGAAAAGGCUAAAGGCAAAUUUACCCAGGUCGCCGAUGAUCCUGAAACGUUGCGUAUUAAACAAAAUACAAAAAUCAUAUCAAAUGUGGCCUAUCAUGGUGAUUUGGAGAAAAAAGCUGCCAUGGAAAAACAACGCGGUGCCGCCGAAGCCUCUGAAAAUUUAAAAGAUGAAUCGGAAUAUUUCUCAGAACAAUUGGCAGCUGAACAAUUCGCACAAUACGCACCCCAAAUACAGACAUCCCAUUCACCAUUGCCACCACAACAACAGUCCCCACGUUUGCCCAUGCAACAACAGCAGCAGCCACAACCACAACAACACCAAUACCAUUAUACACCACAACAACAACAACCACAACCACAGCAGGCAAUGCCACCACCACCCAUACACCAUCAACAACACAAUACUGCUCACAUUGUACCCAGCAAUCAAGCUGGAACAACACAAGUCUAUCAGCAACACAACAGCAAUAGUAGACAGCAACAACAGCAAACAUCACAAACACAUGCGCAACAGCAACACCAUCAGCAUCAAUAUGCUACACCACUACAACAACAAUUUAUACAACAUGAACAGCAACAACAACAAUACCAACACUAUCAACAACCACAAACAUUGCGUCAAUUAACCCCACAACAACAGCAACAACAACAACAAUUGCAACAUCAGCAACAACAAGGAAUAAAACAAACUUCUCAUUUAUAUCCAUCUUCUACUUCGACAGCAACCAAUCUGCAGCAACAACAACAACAGCAACAUCAGUUGCAACAACAACAUCAGCAGCAGCAACAACAGCAAUAUCAACAACCUAGUAAUACAUAUAAUCAAUUGCGCUCAGCUAUAUUACAAAGUUCCCAUCAUCCAACUGGUGCCAUUCAGGCCGAUUCCUCCCAAUCAUCCACACCAUCCUCUUCCUCCACACCCUCUUCAUACUCCUAUGAUCAGUACGACAAUAAAAACUAUUCCAGACCACAAGCGACACCAACAUCACAACCACAACAACAGCAACAACAAACACACUCUCAAUUAUAUCAACAACACCAACAACAACAGCAGCAACAACAUCACAUUAACAAUAACAUCAACAACACUGCAACACUACAAAACAAUAACGGUGCUCCAAUUGCCACCCUCCAACAGCAAACCUCUUCCGCCUCUUCCUAUACUUCCUCUGGAUCCGCUAAUCCCGGCAAUACUGCUUCUGCUACUCAACAAUUAUUUUCCAACACUAAUUACAAUAAUUAUCCAUCAGCAACUAAUUUGCCAACACCAUCCUCAUCAUCUGGCCAAAAUUCAUUUGCAUCGUCUGCUAGUGCCGCUAGUGCUGGUGGUGGUGGCGGCGUCGUCAGUUCCCUAAAUAACGGUGGUGUACAGACCACAUCGCAUCACCACCAUCAUCAUGCCAAUAGCAAUGGUGUUGUCAUCAAUGGUAGCAUUGGUAAAAUAGCUGACUAUGAUCCGCUAUCAGAUGGUCCACGUAAUUUACCGAAUCCAAAUAGACAAAGUACUACCCUGAUCUAUAGUUCCGAUAGUCGUGGUAAUGUUAAUAAUUCUUAUCCAAAACGUAUUGGUUCGGUAGCCGAUAUUGAUCCUGUUAAUGGUAUUUAUGGUUCUUUAUCAGCUGAACAACAAUUGCAACAGCAGCAACAUCAAUUACAACAACAGCAGCAAUACUAUCAACAAAUGCCAACAGUUCAACAGCAGCAGCAGCAACAACAACAAUUACAUCACAGUGUACAGCCAAAACAGUCGAAACAGAGUUUGCGUGUUUAUCGUGCUCUGUACGAUUAUGAAGCCCAAGAUGUUGACGAAGUUAGUUUCCGUGAAGGUGAUAUUAUAUUCGAAGUGGAGUCUAUUGAUUCGGGCUGGAUGACUGGACGUGUGGAACGUACUGGCAAAACCGGUAUGUUGCCAGCUAAUUAUGUAGAGAAUGCGGUUAUAUAAUAGGGAAUGAAUGCAACUGUUGCCACUAAUAAUAAGGCCAAUAAUAAUAUGAACAACAACACCACCACCAGCAAUGGCAUCAAACACAAACAAAUUAUUAAAAAUGGCCAUGGCAACAGCAAUAUUAACAGCAACAGCAGCAUGAAUGGCAUCAGCAGCAACACGACCACCACAAAUGCGACAAUUACCAACAAUGGCCCAGCACCCCUUAUAAAUCGACGUAGUAAUUUAAUGACUACGUCACGUAGUAAUCUUCGUAAUAUCAGUAGCAAUAAUUUGUCAACAAAACACAGUUGUUGUUGUACAAAUCACAUUGCUGUCAUUUUAAUAUUAUGCGUUUAUUUAGCUCUUGUAUUUAUAAUAUUCUCUAAUGUCUUUUUCGAUGAUAACAAAAGCAACAACAACGAAAAUAAUAGCAACAAUAAUAAAAACACUAUUAAACAUAAAUCGCAAAUAAAUGGAGGCGUUGACACGCACUCCAAAGAGGAUGAUCGAUCACAACAACAAAAUUUUUAUUAUUAUUUACUAAAUCAUGUAUUUUAACAAAAAUAACUGAGUUUUAUUUGGAAAUUAUUAUAUGAGAAAAGCAACCAACAAAUUAAGGAAAACGAAAAUAUUUUUAACCCUUAACUAACAUUUAUUAUUAUUAAUCAUUAAACUAUAAUCAGGGUUUCUCUUUCAAAAUUUCAAUUUUGAAAAAUUUGUAUUUGUUUUUAAUUAAAUUCUUGUUUUUGAAUAUAUUUUUUUUUUUAUUUAUAUUUCUUGCUAGCAAAGAAAUAUAAAGUUUUUUAUAUAAAUACUUACAUACAAACAUACAUAGUACAUAUAUGAAUAUGAAAUAAGACCAAUUUUAUAAUACUAACAAUUGUAUAUUUUGAGCAGCUUUAAUUUAUAAAAGAAACUAUUUAAAACGAAAUUUUUUUGCAAAAUAUGUAUCUAAAGAAAUUAUUAAUUUUUAAAUGUUCUUUCUAUUUUAUUAAUAAACGAAAUGAAAAAUAAAUUAAUUGAAUUAAAUAAUAUUUAAGUAAUAGAACAACAAACAUACUCCUAAUGAAUUUGUUUAAAAAAAAAUAUCAGGCCUCUCACACAUUUCAAUCGGAAUGGUUUUAAUCCAUUAGUUAUUAUUCCGAUCGAUUUGGUUUUAGCUUCUUCAGAUUACGGUUGAUUUUGAUAAUUCCAAAAAGAUUUAAUAAUUCUCCCAAUAAGCACCAAAGCCUCAAAAAUUCUAGCUCUUGCACAUUUUUUUAACUUGAAAAAUAUUUGAAAAUAUUUUUCAAAUAAAAAACAUGGCUUGAAUUUAGUGUAAUACAAGUGUAAUUCAAUGGCUUGACUUUAAUUCAAGUCUUGAAUUACACUUGCUUUCAACUAGAAUUCCAGUAAAAAUGCUUAUUUGAACUGUUUUUCUGAUUAUAACUCGACAACGUAGUAAAAUUUUAAUCAGAUAUGGAUUAACAUUUUGAGAAAAACAAAUAUCAAUUCCACUUGUAAAACUGAAUGUGGUUUUUUCAUUCCGAAAAAAAUAUUCGUUCUACUUUUUCUGAAGAAGCAAUAUAUGGAAUUAAUUCCACUUUUGUGACAGGGUUAAUAAUACUAUUUAUUUAUGGCCUGCUUUUAUAAAACGUAUGUAAAUUGAAUGCGCUAAUGCAAUUGAUUUUAUAAGAAUGUCAUUUUAUAAAACGAAACGUUUUGAAAUUGUAAUUUUUUCCAUAAAAACUUAUUCAAACGUUUAACAUGUUGUUUAACAAAAUGUCGCAUGAACUUUUUAAGUUUUUCACAAAAGAUUUGUUUUAAAUUUCCAAAUGUAUUUUUAUAAAACUUUAAAUAUUAAUGAAAAUCACUUUAAUUUACCACUACAAACUUCCGUUCUAUAUAUUUAUUCUAUGUUACGGGCAAUAUUAUUUGGUUUUGCAUUUACAUUAUAACAACAAAUACUUGAAUUUCAAACAAGACAUUGGGAAAAUUAUCAUUUAUGGUUUAUUAAAGAUUACAAAAAAUCAUUUCAAAUUAACGAUUUUUGUAUAAAAAUUAUAAAAAUUGUUAAUCUUGUUUCAUUAUUUCAAUAAUGCCAGUAAUUUCAACAAAUAGAUAUCUACGGUUUAAACUAUUUAUGCCCAUAAUACUAUGCACUGAUAGAUAUAUAUUUGUUGAAAUUGCGGACAUAAAACCUUAACAAACAUAUAAAAUUACUAAUUUCUAAAUAGGCCUUUUAUAAAUCCCUUACCCUAAAAUUUGUUUAUAAAAAAUAUAAAAACAAAUGUAUGAAAUAGGUCUUUAUGUGAGUUGAAAUGAAUUUCAAAAUAACGAAGUAAAUGAAUGUAUGUAUAUCUAUCUUUAAAAUGAAUUUACUAUAGCCAUAAAAUAGUGCAUUUAAAAAAAUAUAUAUUAAAAAUUUUAAAUGAGAAAUUAACACAUGAUUAAUAAAAUAUAUACAUAAAUAGAUAUUGGGCCGCCUCAUUACAAAAAAAAAAAUACCAGGAAGCAAACUUUAAAUUAUUAACCCCCUUGACAAUUUUUUUUUAAAAAAAUCUAUUUAUCAUAACAAUUAAUAACGUUUGUUGUCAAGACAAAGUUGUCUCAGCAAAAGCACUAACAAAUAUUUCAUAAAUGGGGACUAUACGUGAUAAUUUUUUAUCUUGACAACCAUAGGGUAACGGGCAUGUUCUAACACGCGCAAAACAUUUGUGAUUUGAACUCACAGGACUCUUGGCGAAUUCAAAUUGGAUGAGUGUACUUAAGUGAACUAAUGAUGUAUUUGGACUAAAUCAAACUUUAAAUAAAUAAUAAAAUGGUUAAUAAUUAUUAGACUAUAGUUAAUUUUUGUGACAAAAACUAUAAACUAAAUAUUUACAGACUUCAUAAAAUCGUAUCUGAUAUUUUGUAAAUAAACAAAAAUCUAUUGGGGUGCAGUUAAAGAUUUUAGUCGGAAGAAAGUUAUUUUUAAAGUCGAACCGAAAGGAGGAUAAUUUUUAUUGGUAAAAAUGUUUAAGUGAACUCUCAACACUUGAUUUAAUAAAUGUUAUUUAAUGUUAACAAAAAUUAUUAAAAACAUUAAAAGUAGAGUUAUUAGAGUAUAAUUUCCCGGACUUUUAUCACUCCCGGAAAAUAUUAAAAAAAUCAGUUCAUUCCCGGGAAUUUUUUAAUACUAAAUUAAGCCAAAAUUACACCGGGAAAAAAAUGUGUAGUUCGUUUCAAAUAAUAACUUUUUAUAUAAACAAAUUUAAGCCAAUAUUAUUGUCGUUAUUUUCUCUAAAUAUGAAAUUCCUUAAAGUUUUUAUAUUAUGUUAAGCAUCUCAAUAAUUCCUAAAACUAAGACGACCUAUUAGAAAUGAUAAUUUUCCUGAUCCAAGCUAGUGAUUCACUCUUAAUGUGAAUCACUAGCUUGGAUCAGAAAUAAUAUAUGAAUAUAAACGAAUCAUUCGAUUGGCAAUAAAUCAUAACUUUAAGAAGAAAGCUUGUACAGAAUUUCCCUAAAUGUCCCGACAAUAAUAUCACGGGAUUUUCUACAAAAAUAUUCCUCGGAAUUAAUUAAUUCAAACGUAAUUUCAACAAAUAGAUAUCAUCGGAUAUCAUAACUUGACAUUAAUUUCAAAUCAAUAUCUACUUGUAAAAAUUGCCAAUUAUUUUUUCUCCCGUAAUUGAUAUUACGGGCAUUAUUUCGACAUUUAAUAAGAAAUGAAACACUGUCGAAUCGCAAUGUUUAUUCAAUUUUGUUUUAAAUAUACAUAAUUUUAUUAAAGUAUUUUAAAAACAAUUCUCCUUUGGUGUUUUCAAAUCAAAAUAUUUUAUUUUGUAGAUUGACACAUUUAAAGGUAAUAAAUACACAUACAAUUAAUACUAAAUUUCAAUAACUGAGUGGGGAUGUUGAGGCGGCCUAUUUGUAUAUCACAUACAACAAUACAAAUACAUAGUUAAAACUGUUUUUUUUUUUAAAUACUUAUAAAGAAAUUUGAUAAAAUGUUUUUUAUUAUACAAGUAUAUAAAAUAAAACCAACAAGCUUUUCUAGUUAGUCUAAUAUUAUACAUGCAUAUAAACAAUUAAAAAAAAACUGAGAAUGGCAAUGCAAUGGGAAUCCAAAAAAAAAAAUUCUGAAAAUUUCUCAGAAUUUUAGUGAAACCGGCCAGCUGGAAAUUAAAACAUUUAAACAAACAUCAUCUACAGAUCAUUAAAUUAAUAUAUAAUAUGAAAAUAUUAUUAGGUUUUCAGUACAAAUUGAUUUUGUCUAGCCAUUUGAUAGAGACAUGAAACAUGUAGCUGGGAAUUUGUUAAAAGGAAUCAAAAGUUGUUAUUGCCAUCUUAUUAUCUAUAGUAAUAAACCUACAUAUACAACAUAAAUCAAUUAGUAACAUAUAAAAACAAAUAAAACCCUUUUUUAGAAAACCACAAAAGUCUGUUAGAAAGAAAAAUUAUACAAUAAUUAAUAAAAUAUACAAAAAAAAACCUUAUUAAACAUUUUUACCGCAAUUUUAUACACAAUUAGAAACAACAUUAAAACACUAAACAAAACCAAGCUUUUACUUUUAAUUUUCAACUAAAAUGGUUUUAAGAUUUAAAAAAAAAACUAAAUAAAAAUACUUUAAAAGUGCCUUUUAUUUGCAAAAAAAAAAAAAAACUAUUAUAAAGAAAAGUUAAACACAAUUUUCUUUAAUAAUUUAUAUUUAAUUUAUUUAAUGUAAUUUUAUUAAAUGAUUUACUAACAUUUUAAAAAAGUGGAUUUAUAAACAAACAAUUAUUUAUUGUUAAAUAAAGAAAAUAAUAAAAAAUCUUUUAAAAAUAAACCAAGUUAAACUUGCAUUUAUAUAAUAAAUUAUCUACAUAAAAAGAAAGUAUUAAAUUAUUAAAACAACUUUAAAAAUCUGUUUUGCAUAUGGAAAUUGAAAAAAAUACUAUUAAACUCAAAGCAAAAGCAACAGUUUAAUUAAUACAAAUCUUUAUCUGCAUAUAAAGAAAAGUUUUUAAUUUUGUUCUUUAUGAAAUGUUAUUAUUGCAUGUUAAUUUUGAAACUUUUAUAUUUAGUUAAUUAAUUUAAGGAAUACCAUUAAAAACAAACAAAAACAUAAUAAUUAUUUUAUAAAGUAGAUAAAAACAAGAAGAAGUAAAACACCACAAAUACUACAAGCAAUCACAAUUUAUGAAUUUAUAUGCAAAAACAAACAAACAAACAGCUUCUUAAUAAAUAAACUUAUCGACAACUAAAAAGCCAGUAUAAAUAAAUAUUAUAAAAAGAAAAUAAAUUAAAUAAAACUAUUGAAUAAAACUAAACGAAA